AUGUCGGAACAGAGUUCGGUAUUGCAGAAGACUGCCCUCAGUCAAGUCAAGUUCCUUCAAAAACGCCCUGCUCUACUAUGGACUGCGCCUCUAAUUGGCUUUGUGGCGGCGAUUAUCCUUAGGAAACAGGUCAGGUUGGGUGGUCGCCAGAUUUUGAGCCUUUUGCAUGGAGAGAAUCUCAAAACGAAACAAAACGCUCAGAAGCUGGCUCGUUUCAAGAAAGUCCUUUUCGAAGACAUCAGAGAAGUAGUUUCGAGCGAUCCGAAGCUUCGAUCCGAAGGGAAAAUCCGCAUCCUAGAGCUGAGUCCAGGAACUGGUACCAACGUGGAGUUUUACCCUCGAGGCUCAAAACUGAUUUCGUACGAAAAUGACGGAGUAUUCGAGAAAUACUAUCAAGAGCACCGACACGAAUUCCCUCAUGUGCAGGUGGAGAAGUUUCUGAAAGGCUCUCCCGAGAACAUGAGUGAACUAGAAGACGAAUCGGUGGAUGUGAUCAUCGGCACCUUAGUCUGCUGUUCGGUGGAGGAUAUCGCUCUGACCAUGAGAGAGAUCAAGCGGGUUCUUGCAAAAGGAGGAAAAUAUUACUUCGUCGAGCACGAACAGUAUCCCGAUAAGAGCUGGGGCUACUCCAUACAGAAGGCUGUCAACCCCUUAUGGAGAGUCUGCAACGAUGGAUGCAACGUCUCCCGGAGGGUUUCCGAGGUGAUCGAGUACGUCGGCUUCCGUGCGGUGAACCAAAAAAGAUAUUUACCCGCUGAGAUCCCUUUCCUCAUCCGACCACUCAUCGUAGGCUACGCCGUCAAAUAAAAUCCCCAGGGGGAUCACGGCCGUUUACGAUUCGACUUCAAUGGAUGAUCAGCUCUUUCAGUCAAAAGGAUCCCGAACCGCUCGCAGGAGCUCUUUGCUGGACGAAGUGAGCUCCGUAGUCAGGAUUUCUAAUUUUUCCACAGAACUCGUUGAAUUGAAUCACAAAUAAAGUACAAAGGAACUUGAGGCGAAGUCCA